AUGCUGUCGACUUUUCAGCCUGUCGGUAUAUACCGUGGGAAGUACGAGUGGGUGAACGAGCACAGUGCAGCCAGUGGGGACUGUUCUCUAUGGGUCCGCGCCGCGUCCCUGCAGCUCGACGACGGUCAAUGGCAGUGCCAGGUCACUGCAAGCAACUACAACGUUCAGGAUGCUCUUUCAAGCCCUCCUGCAGCGCUUGCCGUGCGAGUGCCUCCUCAAUCACCAAGAAUCCUGUUUAACGGCUCCCACGUCCUGCCUGGCCAAAACAUCACAGUACCGGCUGGCUCCAGAGCGACUGUCGUAUGCGAAGCUAGAUAUGGAAAUCCACCAGCUUACAUCGAAUGGUAUCUAGAAAAGGAGCGUCUAACUGCAUGGAGUCAUACGAAUGCGUCCGAAGUGGAAAGGCCAAGGGUGUGGGCAGCGCGCUCUGUGCUAGAAAUGGGUGCGACCAGAUCAGCGCAUGGCAAGCGGCUGAAAUGCCGAGCACAUCACUUAUCUUACCCGCCGCCUUUCUACCGAGAUUCCUUUACGAUGUUAGACGUUACAUAUGUUCCUGUAGUUUCUAUUAUCGGAGCUGAUUCCAGUGAGCUAUCCAGCCUUGAGGAGAACUCUAGUGUACUAUCAUUGGAAUGCAGGGCCAAUGGUAAUCCCGCGCCUUAUGUGUGGUGGACUAAGAAUGGACAAGUUUUUGCCACCAGCGGUCCGAAGCUUAUACUGGCACCUGUGACGAGAAAUCAUUCAGUUCCACCCCGCAUUUCCUGGAUUGCCCCUGACACAAUUGUCGAGGCGAAUCUUUUCUCACAAGUCACACUAGAGUGCAAAGCUGAAGGCAACCCGUCUCCAAUGUACCAAUGGUACCACAGUCCAGGAACAAGUUUCAAUUCGGAUGACAAGUUGUUCGAUGACGAUUAUUUGAUAUCGUCCACGUCUCAGUUACAACUACAUAACGUUUCAUACCAUCAACAUGGUCAAUACAUUUGCGUGGCAAAGAACUAUAUUGGGCACGAGGAAAAGAUUCACCAAUCUGAGACUAUAACACUUAAGGUGUUGGGUCCUCCAAUGGCGGUUGACACGAGGACAGUCCACGCGUGGGGCGGCGGUGAGGCCAGGGUCCAAGCGACGGUGUGCGCAGACCCAUUUCCUGACGACGCUUCAUGGUUAUGGGGCAGCUGGCGACUUGAUGUACCAUCACAGAUAGGUCGGUACAGAGCUUUAGAGAAGGAAAAUCUAGACGGCUGUUACCGGUACACAUUAUGCAUAAGCUAUGUACAGACAGCCGAUGCCGGUGAUUACAUAUUGCAUUUGGAGAACGAGAGGGGAUUCACGUCGCUAACAGUUUCUCUGAUCGUACACGAGACUACGCGCGUGGCACCUAUCAUUGCGUCAGGUCUAGUCAUAGCGGCGUUACUCGUUCUGGUCAUAUGCCUUUUGGUGCGCUGUCGUCGACGCAGAGGUAGCGUGGAAUACAAAACUGAAGAGUUGGACAGUGACGUGAAGGUCCUGCCGGCGGACGCCGUAUAUGGGCCCCAGGCGUCGCACACCACGAGUGGUCAUCCAGGCAAUGGGGCGGUCUCCGUUACAAACGUGGAUAUCGACUGUCCACGCUACUCACCAGCGGCGCUGCAAGUGCGGCGCGCGGCCGUAGUCCUGCAACCUCCCACAACCGUG